AUGGCCGAGAGAAACUUGGUCUUCUGGACCUCAAUGCUCACGGCUUACACAAUAAGUGGCUACUUCUCGCAAGCAGAGCAAAACUCCGUCUCGUGGAAUGCCAUCCUUUGCAUGUAUGCUCAGCACGGCCAUUUGAGCUCCGCAAGGAAGAUUUUCGAUGCCAUGCCCGAGCAAGGAGUGGUAUCAUGGAGCGCCAUGCUCGCUGCCCACGUGAGAAACUUGUCCUCUUCCCGUGCUCUCGAGCUCUUUGACGAGAUGAAAGCUUUGCAUUGUCCCGACGAAGCUUGCUUCUUCUCGGCUAUGGUUUCGUUUGGGCAGCAAGGCUGCAUCUCCAGAGCCAAGUCUUGUUUUGGUUCCAUGGUGGCCGACUAUGAAGUGGCGCCAUCAAAGCAGCACUACUGUUGCAUGGUGGAUUUGCUCGUUCGAUCUGGGAGAAGUUUGGAGGCCGAGGAACUUGUGUUGGCCAUGCCUUUUGAGCCCAGUAACUUGGAAUGGUCGUGCUUGCUGCGUGAAAGAAACUCCAGUUCGAUGUUAAUCACCAGAGGCAAGCAUGCUUUAAGAUCAAGUUCCUCGGAUGGAGCGUUUGGGUUGCCACACGGAAGAGGGCUGUGGUCGUUCUAUGAGGCUGAUGACCCCAAUGCUUCUCCGCUUGCUCUUGCUCAAUGGAGGUUUUUGUUUAAGAUAGACGCAUCUAUACUAGCAUCUACAGCACUUCAAAUGCUCAAGGAGAAAGGGGCCACACUGCAAUCUCAGUCCUUGAUUUCUAGCAACAAGGUAAUGCUGAAUGCCCUAAUGGCGCCGGUGGGCAUUUUAGGCCCAGGUGGCGUGCGCUAG